CUGCUACCUGAAAUUCAAGACUCACAUCAGACUUUCCACUCCCGUUACUUUCCACCAAAAAACCAGUUUCUUUUUUUUUUUUUUCGUCUGGUUAAAACUACAAAACCUUUUCCAGAUCCCAACCAGUUUUUAAUUCACAUUACCGAAUUACCUGUACCAAACGAUCGCCGAAGACAAUUUUUCUUCAGUCUACUCGGUUUUUUUACCCCUCUUUAAUUAACCACCAUCGUUAUCGUAAACCUUAGUCGCAGCUAUUUUGAAGCUGCCCGCCGCCACCAUGAAGGUCACCUUCAAGGAGCUCUCGAACCAAAAGUUCACGCUCGACAUAGAGCCUACCGAUCUUAUUUCUACCAUGAAGCAAAGAGUUGCCGAAGAAAAGGGAUGGGACGCUAAGGCUCUGAAGCUCAUCUACUCCGGCAAGAUUUUGAAAGAUGAAGAUACUGUCGCAGCUCACAAGAUCGAGGAGAAGGGCUAUGUCGUUUGUAUGGUGAGCAAGCCUAAGCCCGCCCCAGCUGCCUCCGCCGCGGCUGCUUCAUCAAGCGCUCCUCCUGAGACACCCGCUCGAGCCGUCGCAGCAACUCCUGCUGUCCCGGCUGCUCCCACCCACUCAUCUACCGCUGCCGCUGCCGUCCCGGCCACACCGUCGCCCGCACCCGCCGCUAGUAGUGAUGACAACUCUAUGGCUAUGGGCGAGGCCCGAGCUGGUGUAAUUGCUAAUAUGGAAGCUAUGGGAUUCGAGCGCUCUCAAAUCGAAGCUGCCUUGCGUGCCGCUUUCUACAACCCGGACCGUGCCGUCGAAUACCUUUUGAACGGUAUCCCAGAAACCGCUCGUCAACCGGACCCCCCUCGCGAGGCGGCUCCCGCUCAGGCUGCGACCGGCGCUACCGGUGCUGCUAGCCAGCCGGCCGAGGGCGAGGGCGAGAGAGGUAAUGUCAACCUCUUUGACCUGGCUGCACAACAGGGCCGAGGAGGUAGCCGUGGAGCAUCGGGUGGUUCUUCCCAAGCAGCAGCUAGCGUUGCCGCUGCCGCCGCAGGUGGUCAGACUCUAGGCAACCUAGAUUGGCUGCGCAACAACGCUCAGUUCCAGCAGCUCAGACAGGUGGUUCAACAGCAACCCCAGAUGCUCGAGCCAAUCCUGCAGCAACUUGGUGCAGGAAAUCCCCAGCUUGCGCAGCUGAUCUCUUCAAAUCCCGAGCAGUUCCUGAACCUUUUGGCGGAAGCUAGUGACGACGAUGCACCCCUUCCUCCUGGUGCUCAGACUAUCUCGGUCACGGAAGAAGAGCGUGAUGCCAUUGAGCGACUAUGCCGAUUGGGCUUUAACCGUGAUGCGGCGAUCCAGGCCUAUUUCGCCUGCGAUAAGAAUGAAGAGCUGGCUGCAAAUUUCCUGUUUGACCAGCCGGAGGACGAUGAACCCCCUCAGAACUAAGUAGCACGAUGUCCUCCUAUGUCAUCUUCGUCUCAUGCUAUUGCGAUCUCAACGAGCCAUCCUCGUUAACGAUAUCCGAAGUAGCGCCUCACCACCGCGCUAUUACAACAACCCCUUCGUCUUAAUGGCUAUUAUUCACUCUCCAUAAUGCGUUGUUCUGUCGGGAGGAGGAUCUUCAAAAGACCCCGUCAAGGUACACGGCAGGGGGGUCCUUUGCGAAUUUUUCCCACCCUCUUCUCUGCCCAAGGAAGAAAAAUAAACAAAAACCUAAAAUACAAAACUUUGGGGUUGAGACAUCCAUCCACCUUAGCUCAGUGGCCUGCGGGUUGUCUGUUCCGCGAGGGGAGAUGGCGAGGGGAAAAAAAACCAUGUCUAGAUGAACCGAGUCCGUAGCUUAGUUCUGAAUUCUACGGCUUUUUUUUUUAAUCUCCCAGCCUUUCUUUCUGGCUCUUGUUUGUGCAUUACGGCUACCGGCUACCGCACCCAACCUAGUUUUAGGUAAAUAAUUUUCUGUUAAUGAAGUGAUACUACUA